AUGAAGGAUCGAUUAAGAGUUGGCAUUGUUGGCGCACGCAGAGGAGCGGGGCAUAUCCGUCCCUUCACAACUAUUACCGAAACAGAAGUGACCGCAAUCUGUGAUCUGAGCGAAGAUACUCUUCAUGAGGUCGGAGAUCGAUUUAGUGUUCCGAAACGGUUCACAGACUACGAAGAGAUGCUCGCAGAUGAUAUUGAUAUCGUCGUGCUUGGGACACCCGAAAAUCUGCAUGUGCCGCAGUCUAUUGCGGCAAUGGAGGCAGGGAAGCAUGUGGUCAGCGAGGUGACGGCGGCAACCUCCAUGGAACAGUGUUACGAGUUGGUCAGAGCGGUGAGAAAGAGCAAAACGAAGUAUAUGAUGGCGGAGAAUAAGUGCUAUACGCGGUCAAAUAUGCUGGUCGGAAACAUGGUGCGCCAAGGCUUGUUCGGAGACAUCUACUUUGGUGAGGGUGAAUAUCUUCAUGACAUCAAAGUGCUGCAUCACGACAGCAGUGGCAAUCCAACCUGGCGAUAUUAUUGGCAGGUCGGAAUAAACCGAUGCAACUAUGCGACGCAUAGCCUCGGUCCGGUGAUGGACUGGUUUGAUGAACGGGUUGUUUCGGUAGUGUUGUCUUGGGACUAG